CUCUUGUCGCGACAUAAUCGGAUUAUCGCUAGUCGUCCGGUACGUUCAUGAAUCGAUGACGUUGAUAUCCAGACUAGAACAUAUAUGACAAUUAAUGUCUAACCUGAAAUCUAUGUGACAGACGCAUCCUUCUCAUGCUCAGCACAGGAUAAGGUUUUUAGAGUUUGAGGCUGAAUUUGCAAUCUACGAAAUCUUAGAUCCUGAGUUACUGAUAUUCUGUACAUCCUGAGGAUUUCGCGGGGUCUUGCGUAUCCCAGGGACACAUUAAAUACUCCACGAAGCGCGACCGGCAGUCUUCAAAUGCAGAAGAUCAAGAGCAGUAUCGGUAUAACUGUAUCGGGCAUGCCGACUUUAUACAGCCUGGGAUGUUCGUGAAGUUUAUACCCGGUUCCAAUCAUCCCAGGAAUGUAGCAGCAACAUCCACUUCCAAUCAGGGCAGCACAGUGUAGAGUGUAUCCAGCGCAGUCUGAUUUGUCGAGCAGAACUUUGUAGAUUCUUCGUCUCUACACCGUGAAGAAGGUAAGGCUUUUUUAAAUUUGUCAAAACCUAGGUGAGCUUUUACACAUCUGUGGACUUUUGAGUUCUCAAACCGACCCCAAACCGUGUUAUAACCGUCCCGGAGGAUGUUAACAACAGCAACAUGCAGUAGCUAUCAGGGCAGCACAGAGUUGGUUGCACAGUGUUUCAAGCGCAGGUGGAUUUUCCGAGCAGAAAGUUGUAGGCUUGAAGACACGAAUGAGCCCCUCCUUACUUCGACCCUCAUAAAUCCCACCCUUCUUUCUCCUUAUAGAACCUAUGAGGAAGAAAGUAAGAAGAAAUCAAAAUCGUCGGAAUCUGAUGAACGAUAGAAACGUGUCCGGACGAAUAGACACCGUUUCGACCUCGUUGACGAGAAAAAUAAGACAAGUUCCGAGUGAAGUAGCUGAAAGUGCUCAACCACAGAACGUGUAUAUUUAUUGAGACCAGGUAUCUGUCAGAUAUACAGCAGAUUUCCUGCUUCCACUCAUCAUUACUUCUUUGCAGAUCCUGAGAACCUGAGUUAUUAUCCUGAAGCUACGGAAAAGUGAAGAUAACCUACUGGCUCUAGCUGCAAUCAGUGUUGAUUGUGAACGAGUAGCGAGCUUGAAUUCAUCGACUGCAUAGCUGCCAUAGCCCCGACUCUUGGUCUGGAAGGUUGCCGUGGUUGACGCGAUUGUACUGGUUGAUAGUUUGAAAUAAGUUUUUCCGGAAGGAGGCUGUGGAUUUACGGAGAUUCAACAUCUUUGUUUUUGAAUGUUGAACUCAGAGAUAUAGAUUAGUUUUACCUUGGCAUUGUUCAGCCAACAGACAUGGCGCAGUUCAAGCUUCGCAGCCUGAAACUGCUGACGUUUACACUGACUAUGAUCCGAGUACUGGAAAUUACAUUGGCGGCCGGAAAUGACAUAGAAGGCCCAGCUCUUGUAUUUAUCGGUGCUUCUCAGUCCGAUGUUGGCGUCAACAACGUCUUAGAUACUUUGGCAAAGGCCAACUUCCCGCCCUAUGGUCGAGAUUUUGUCUAUGGUGAUAUUAAGGGGGCCACUGGACGUUUCAGCAACGGGAAGAUUCUUCCGGAUUUCGUCGCUCAAAACCUCGGGGUGCCUUUUCCCGUCGCAUACAACAGUCCUGAAGCUAAGGGACCAGCUGCUUUAUCCGGGAUCAACACUGCCUCUGCAGGAGCGGGUUGGCUCAACGGCACCGGUAGCAACCUGGGUCAACUGAUUCCCGGGACAGAGCAAGUGCAAUGGGUGAAGCAGUGGCAGCAAGGUCUGGUCAGUCGUGUAGGCUCGCAAAAGGCCUCACACAUCAUCGAAAACGCUCUGUAUCUCAUCAACAUCGGUGACAACGACCUCUUCUAUUACCUUCAGAACGCGGAACUCCGAAAGACCUACACCGAGGAGCAGUACUUUCAGCUUAUGAUCGACGUAGCUAUCGCAAACAUUAAGGACCUUUACAACUCUGGAGCUCGGAAAAUGACCUUCACCAGUGUGACCGCUAGAGGCUGCUCACCCCUUCAAAUUACACUGUAUCAACCGCUCGACAGAUCUAAGUGCGUUGCGUCCGUCCAGACCUUGGUCUCCGCGUACAGCGCAGAAGUCAAGGCUGCCAUCCAAACAUUGGGUCAGAGUCUCGAAGGAAGCAAAUUUUACAUCGCCGAUGUUUUCAACAUCACCGUCGACUUGUUCUUGCAUCCGAGUAAAUAUGGUUUGGAACAUCAGGAGAGCAGCAUAGGUUGUUGCGGAACAGGGCUCUUCGAGUUGGGUCCCCUGUGCAACAUUACACUUGAUUCUUGUUCAGAUGCCAACGAGUACCUGUUUUUUGACGCCCAGCAUUAUACGGAGGAAGCUUGGAGGAUCAUUGUGGAUAGCUUCUUCGACGAGAUGAAGGCCUUCCUUCAACUUUAGAUCUCCAUGGGUAUAGGGUGCAAACUCUUGUGUGACUACCAAAAAGGGUCCAGGACAACGAGCUGACAUAUAUGAAAGCUACGCCUGUUUAGCUCGCUUUGUGUCAUUUCUUACUGUUGGUGGUCCUUACGUGCAGCGUGAUUUGACCGAUUUAACUGUUCUUGGAAAUCUCGAAGGGGGAUUAGGAUUAGGAUAUUCUCUUCUCGCGUAUGAAAGCACAUUGAGGGGACUGAAAGUCCAACUUCUUGGUCUUGGAGUGUAUCGAGAAAAUGCAAUCGAGAGAGGAGAUAGUUCACGUGUAGUUACAGCUUGCCAUCGAUCCAUCUUCCGUAUCAUUUAUAAUCCAACCUGCAGUUGAACUGGCCUGCCCAUGCUUCACGAUUCGGUAGCAAGUUUACUUCAAAAAUUAGCUUUUUGCACCAGAUAAUGGUUUAUUAGUUCCAGUUUUGGGUUCCUACGAUUACAUUUUUACCUAUGGAAUUUGGUACAAGGAAGGAAUC